AUAUACACGCGGGCGACCCGAGCCGGCGGUGGUGACAAAGGCUGGCUCAGCCAUGGCCACGGCGGCGCUUACAUGGGUGGUGCUGGUGUGUGCUCUGGUCGGCGCUGCUCUCUGUCAAGAUGGUUUGACGUGCAAUAAUGUUGGUGAGACUUGGCACCACCAGUGCAACACGUGCAGCUGCCGGGACGGCGUCACCGUGUGCACCAAAGACAGGUGCUCGUCCGAACGGAACCCGAUCACGUCCGGCUCGUGCCUCGCCGGCAGCAAGUGGAAGGACGGCUGCGGGAACUGGUGCCUGUGCGACGCGUCCGGCAAGACCCGCUGCACGGUGGGCCCGUGCCCGCCGCGGGUGCGCAGUGAGCGCAGCAUGACGUUCGUGCGCACGGCCGGCGACCCGUGCGCCGAGGGCGACAUCUGGACGCUCGAGUGCAACAGCUGCUCGUGCGUGGAGGGCAGGGCUGUCUGCGAGUCGGCGCCGUGCCCCCGGCGUGCGCCCCAGACACCCGAGCCGUGCGAGCCGGACGAUCGAUGGGAGGACGAGUGCGGCAACCUGUGCGAGUGCACCGAGGGCGGCGUGCCGGCGUGCACGCUGCUGGCGUGCGGUCCCGGCCAGCGCGCCGGCGCCCGGCUCAGACCCAUCCUGCGCUCGGGUGAUCGCUGCCAGAACGAGGGCGAGCGCUGGCAGCAGGACUGCAACACGUGUGACUGCACGAGCGGCGUGGUCAGCUGCACGCGCCGGCUCUGUGCCCAGCGGCAGGAGCCGGAGAAGUUCGGGGAGUGUCAGACCGGCACGCGCUGGUUGGACGAGUGCGAUAACCUGUGCUACUGCUCCGAGAGUGGACUUCCCAAAUGCACCCUCAACGAGUGUCCUUAUGGCAGGCAGGAGGGCGCGCGCGUCCACUUCCUGCUCGAGGCCGGCUCGACGUGCACCAACGAGGGCGAGCGAUGGCAGCAGGGCUGCGGCCGCUGCUCGUGCGCCGCCGGCCGCGUGUCGUGCUCUCAGCGCGGCUGUCCGGAGCAGGGUGUGGCCGCCACCGCCGCCGCCGAGCCGGACUGGAUGAGCUGCCAGGAGGACACCACGUGGGAGGACGAAUGCGGCAACAUCUGUGGCUGCUGGCUCGGCCAGCCGCUCUGCACCAGGAUGGGAUGUCCGAAAGGCAGGGUUGCCGGAAAGCCGGUCAAGUUCAUCGUCUUUGACGGAGACGCUUGCAAAAAUGAGGGCGAUUCUUGGAAGGAGGAAUGCAACACCUGCUCGUGCACGGGGGGCGUGGUCAAGUGCACCAAGAAGUUCUGUCAGCAGCAGAGACAGAGCGUCCGCUUCGUCUCGCCGUUCACGGCCCUGACGUGCACGCCCGGCCAGCGGUGGAUCGACGAGUGCGACAACACCUGCUUCUGUCCGGACAGCGGCCACUCGGCCUGCACGCUGAUGUCGUGCCCUCCCGGCAAGCGGCCCAUGGUACCCGUCAGGUACAUCUACGCGGACGGCGACGCGUGCACGGACGAGGGCAGCUCGUGGAGGCACGACUGCAACAUGUGCCGCUGCCUGGACGGCCUAGUGGUCUGCAGCUCACGCCCCUGCAGGCGGCAACUGCUGCGCGCGCCUCUGCUCGCCGGAUCAGAGCCAGAUUCUGACAAGCAGUGCGAGGAGGACAAGGAGUGGACAGACGAGUGCGACAACAACUGCCGCUGCUCCAACGGCGGGCUCGUCAUGUGCACGCUGAAGGUCUGCGCCCCCGGAAAACAGGCGGGCCGGCCGCUGAAGGUGCUGCCGCGGCUGGGCGAGCCGUGCGAGGACGGCAGCGGCACCUGGCACGACGACUGCAACGCCUGUCAGUGCGUGGACGGCGUCACUGCCUGCACGCGCGGCGCCUGCCGGCAGCGCCAGCAAGAGCGCGACGGCGUGCCAGUACAGCAGUGCCGCCCCGGCUCCAGCUGGCUGGACGAGUGCGACAACAUCUGCAGCUGCAGCCCCAACGGCGUCUCCUACUGCACGCUCAAGGCGUGCCCGUACGGCCGCCAGUACGGCGUGCCCACCAAGUUCGUGUCGGCCGUCAACGACACGUGCAUAGAAGAGGGCGCCACCUGGCGGCAAGACUGCAACACGUGCAGCUGCACCGAAGGUCGCGUCAACUGUACUGAGGACAUCUGCCAGGAGACAGGCGUUUCAGCCAGGUUCGGACCGCCAGGGAUUCGUUGCCUGCCCGGCUCCAAGUGGACUGAUCAGUGCGAGAACACGUGCCGCUGCACUUCGUCCGGCCAGGCCGCCUGCUCCCUCAAGGCGUGCCCGCCAGGAAAGAAGGCCGGUGAACGGGUGGAGGAUCUUCCGAAGGCAGGGGAAGCGUGCGACGCAGAGGGCCGCACGUGGAAAGAAGACUGCACUCGGUGCACGUGCACCGAGGGUCGAGUCCAGUGCACCGAACAGAUCUGCACCCCGAUGGACCUACCCAUCCGUGACGAAGGGCCCUGCACGGAGGACGAAGAGUGGAUCGACGAGUGCACCAACCGCUGCAAGUGCAUCGGCGGCGAGCCGCGCUGCACGCGCCGGCCGUGUCCGGAGGGCGGCCGCCCCGGCGUGCCCGUGCGCUUCGUCGUGCCCGACGGUGACACCUGCGACAACGACGGCGAACAGUGGAAGGAUGACUGCAACACGUGCCGCUGCCAGGGCGGCCGCGUCUCCUGCACCAAGAAGGCGUGCGUCGGCUUCGAACGGGGAGGUGGUAACAAAAAGCCGGGGGAGUGUCCGUACGUGCCUCCGGGAACGCUAGGAUUCUGCUUCAACGGCUGCAACGGAGACGACAUGUGCCCGGACGACGAGAAGUGCUGUUCCAACGGCUGCGGCGCCUUGUGCAUGAAGCCGGAUACGUGCCUAGAGGGCAUUGCCUGGGAAGAGGACUGCAACACCUGCGCGUGCAUCAACGGAGAGCCGGCCUGCACGAAGAAGCUGUGCGCCAAGGAGCAACCCCAGUCUGACGCCCCUGUCCCGCAGGCCAACGAGCGUGCCACCUGUCUCGAGGGCAGCGUGUGGAAGAAGGACUGUAACACCUGUGACUGCGUCAGGGGUCGGCCCCUAUGCACCAAGAUGCUGUGUCCAUCCAAGAUCAGCUUCAUCGACGAGGUUACCGGUGAAUGCAGAGAGGACUCGGUGUGGAGAAAGGACUGCAACCGAUGCCGUUGCAUUGGCGGGCGGGCGGUCUGCACGUUGAAGCAGUGUGGACCUGGCAAGCCCAGCAACAAAGGCGGCGCCAAGGAACUGGCGGUAUGCGAGUUGCCGCCGAUUGAGCCGGACAGCGAUCCGUGCAAUGGCUUCAUUCGCCGCUGGACGUACGACGCAGCCGCCGGCAAGUGCCGACGCUACAUCUACGGCGGCUGUGGCGGCACGCGCAAUCUCUUCCGCACACGCAAACAGUGUAGAAAGCGUUGCGCCGCAGGUGGCGCGCAGAGCAGCCGGGCUGCCGCCUGCCGGCUGCCCGUGAAAUCGGGCCCCUGCUUCGAUGUUAUGCCGCGCUAUUACUUCGACACGGCCGCCGACAAGUGCCGUCAGUUCGGCUUUUCCGGCUGCGGCGGCAACGAGAACAACUUCCGCAGCCUCACGAAAUGCAUCCAGGCGUGCGGAGGCACCUACACCAGUGAUGACAACCAAUGCGACAGGAGAAGGUGUCCGUGGUCCCUGUACAAAAAUAACCUGGAUAAGGGCUGUGAGCCUGUGUAUGAAAACCAGGCCUGCUGUCCCACGCGGUUUGACUGUCCCGACGUGCGGGACGCGGGCAGCGACGACGCCUGCACGUACCGCGGAAAGCGGUACGCCGCCGGUGAGCGGGUGCCGGCCGCCAGCCGGCUGGACCCGUGCAAGCGUGACUGCGUGUGCGCCAGCAACCCGGGCUCGGGGCCGCAAAUCGACUGCGCCGAGGUCGACUGUCCGGCCGCUGUCUGGAACCAGAUCUCGGCCGGCUGCCUGCCGCUGUACCUGCCCGACCGCUGCUGCCCCGUCGACGUUCAGUGCGGCUCCCGCAGGCGCCGCUCGACGGACAUCAGCCUGUCCAGCCAGGGGCACACGUGCCAGGCUGACGGCCUCACGUACGUGGAGGGCGAGCUGAUGCCGACUCGUGACGACCCGUGCGUCACGUGUGUCUGCACCACCGAGUACGAGGGCCCUGGCGGCCCCGGCUGCCGGUUCAACGACUGUCUCGACCAGAACUCUCGCCGGGCGAACAGCGAGUGUGUGCCAGUCUACAUGACAGACGUCUGCUGCCCCGUCGACUGGAAAUGCCCCGAAGAUGUGGCGUACAGGGCCCUCUCGGAAACUUCAGAGCUGCUAGAGAUCAGCCAGGUGGAGCCGUCUUGUUUGCUUCCGAAGAACAGAGGGCCCUGUUCGAGGACUCUGGAGCGUUUCUUCUUUUCGGCUGCGAAGCGAAAUGAGAACAAUUUCAAAUCUCUGGCGGACUGCAAUGCGGCUUGCGACAGGCGGAAGUCUGGUGCAGCCUCCUUGGGCGGCAAUCUGGUGUCACUGGCGUCGGUGAGCGGUGGCGCCUGUCUCCUGCCGACCAGCGCGGGCAGCUGUUCGGAGCGCCUGAUACGGUUCAGCUAUGACUCCACCAGCGGCGCCUGCACCAGCUUCGAGUACGGCGGCUGCGGCGGCAACGCCAACAACUUCGUCAGUCUGGAGCAAUGCAAGAACACCUGCGUCCCAACGGACAGUCAAGACUUCUGCCUCCUGCCGCCUACUUCUGGGAGCUGUGACUCCGUUCUGUUGAGAUACUUCUUCCACGCCAAGUCGGGGGUCUGUGAGAGCUUCACUUUCGGAGGCUGCGACGGCAACGCGAACAAUUUCCUCACAGAAGAGGAGUGCUACAACAAAUGUCAGCCAGGCUCGAUGGAAACCAAGCGCCGCCUUCAGAAAGGUGCGAGGGCCUCUGUUAAAUAGACCCGGAUGGCACACGUUUGUUCAAAGAGAGUGAGUGUACUGUUAUAAUGUGAACCAGUCGAUUGCCUUUUUCAAGACCUACGUUAUUUGCAAAAUUUCUGUCUUCUCUAACAUUAUUUCUUAUGGGAAAUUGGACUUGGGUGUCGUUUUUUGCCACUCACGUUAAUUUUACGUAUCUGAUAUAUCAUCAGUAAGCAACUAACCCUCACAUUUAACUAUUACAGCUGCGUGUGUCGAAUUAAUGACCAUAGGCUAUUUUCGCAUCGAAGUCGUCGCUGCCAUGCUGGUCAGAUGCGCUGGUCGGAGUACGUUCGAGGCUACCGUGAUAAUACCACAUAAAAUGACGAACCAGUGCCGAGGCAAUUCGGUCAACUCAGUUCGAAAUGUCACUUGCCUGUGAACUUUCCGAAACACGGCGACGAGGCACGAACACUUUAUGGCAGGCCAAAUAUGAUAGCUGCAUUACCACUGUUAUGGAAUGCCGGUUCUAAUUUGACGGCUCUACGUGUGUUAUACAACCCGUACAUAAUCGUUGAGGCGUCGUCAUCAGUCCCAGAACCAUGGCCCAUGUCUUGUGCCGGUGAGAUGAUCACUUGAUAAACGUCUGUCUUUUAGUAUUCUUCUAAUUUGAGAGUUUCGAGACAAAUAGAAUGUGACCGCAAUAUCGCAUGCCUCAAACGAAGGGUUUAAUAGUGUGACAGUGACGUGUAGCGGGCUUGGGGUCAGUUCUGUAAGAGAUGCAGACGUAGAUGUAUUUUGAAAAAUAUUCGAAAAUGAAUGCGUCCGAAUAGAACAGUGUUAUCUGCGCCAACCCAAUAGUUUUGAGGAUCACGAUGCCUGAAGUUGGCAUUAUGACUGGCUGGCUGUGUAGUG